GGCAACUCCAGCCCCUGUCAGAGGCAGCAGAGCUUCGAUUUUUUUUUUCCGCCGGGCCGAAGGCCCAGGUCUGGGCCGAAGAAGGCCGUCCGGUGAUGCCAUGCCGCUGCUCCAUGGCAUCGGUGAUUUGGUGAAGCGGCUGGAACAGAUCGCCGAAGCCUGCGAUCAGAAGCCCAAGCAGGAUCAGCCGAAGGAUGAGUUUCUGCGACUGAAGCAGCGCGUCUAUGUGCUGCUGGAAGAAGCGCGGAGGGACAUCCACGAGCGGCAGACGCUGCUGAGCAAGCGCGGCAACUGCAAGGAGACCAUCCAGAAGGGCAACUCUGUGCGGCAGGCCUUGGAAGAGCUGAGGCGGGCGCUGCCGAAACUACAGGCGCUGCAUAAGAAGGCUCAGAACCAGAGGGGCGCCAAGGCGAAGAGGGAGGAGCUACAAGCGCGGUACCAGGACAUCCGUAUCCUCAAAAGACACGUGGAUGAGCUGAACGAGCUCUUCGGCCGAGCCUCCGAGGAGGCGUGCCCCGCGCUGCUCGGCAAGUCCCAAGAUCUCCCGCAGCUCCGGGACUCGGCGCGCGCCAGUGCCGAGGACACCAAGAGAGAUUUGACCUCUCAGGAAGAGGACGCCCUAGCGGCUAUGAAGCGCAGGGACGAGGAUUUGGAACAGCAGCUGCACGAGGUGGGCCUGGCCGUGGGGCGCCUGGACCCUUUGGCGCGGCAGAUCGGCGCCACCGCGGAGCGGCAGCGCCUGCGGGCGGAGGCGCUGACCGCGGAAGUGGACAAGACGGAGGCGGACAUGCAGCUGCUCAACAGGCGCGUGAACGAGGUAAUGCGCUAUGAGAAGAACACCAGCUGCUGCUGCCAACUGUGUUUGAUGGUCGUCUUCCUCUGCUGCGUCGGCUUCAUCUUUCAGCAGCUCACCUGACGCGCGUUCCUUGGGCUCCGAAACCCGACAAACACCGGGCUCGAAGAGUGAAGGGUGGAGUCUGUUCAAGGGAUUGCUCGGGUUU